UUCUGUUCAGGCAGCUCCGCGGACACCUCUGUGGACCAUAAUUACCCAGCAUCCCUUUCGCGCAUCCUUUCCCUCCAUCUUGCUGUUCGGAGAGAGACGGUGGACUCACCUGGAGAAGACUGACGAUGCCUGGAAGACUAUGGAGUAAGGCCAUCUUCACCGGCUAUAAGCGCGGUCUGAGGAACCAGCGUGAAAACACGGCGCUGCUGAAGCUCGAGGGAUGUUACACCAGAGACGAGGUGGACUUCUACCUCGGGAAACGCUGCGCCUACGUCUACAAGGCCAAGAAGAACACGGUGACGCCGGGCGGUAAACCCAAUAAGACCCGUGUGAUCUGGGGGAAGGUGACCCGGGCCCACGGGAGCAGCGGCAUGGUCCGAGCCAAGUUCAGCAGCAACCUGCCAGCUAAAGCCAUGGGACACAGAGUCAGAGUGAUGCUGUAUCCUUCUCGAGUGUGAAGAGGAAACAUCUGCAGCCGUCGAUGUUCUCGUUUGUACAGAAACAAUAAAACUGAUAUCAGGUCCAAAGA